AUGCUAAGCAAGAGAAUUCCAUCAUCAUUAAGAGUUGUGCACAAGCUGGAGUCUUUGGGGGUAAAUCAUGCCUCCACAAGAUCUCUAUCCACUUUAAUCAAUAAUCAAUCUUUGAAAAAUGCUAGGUUUAAUUAUAAUAAUCACAAAGCUUUGAGUCCAAAGAUCUCCUUAAUUCAACCUGCUAGAUUUGCAAGUAAUGGUCCAGGUGGAAAUGGUGGUUUCAGAAUGAAUAUGAACCAAGGACAACAAGAAGAGGAGAAACCAGCUUUAGAACAAUAUGGUACAAAUUUAACAAAAUUAGCUGAACAAGGUAAACUAGAUCCAGUUAUUGGUAGAGAUCAAGAAAUAAGAAGAGCCAUUCAAAUUUUAUCAAGAAGAACUAAAAACAAUCCAGUCUUGAUAGGUAGUGCUGGUGUUGGUAAGACAAGUUUGAUUGAUGGGUUGGCUCAAAGAAUUGUUAAAGGUGAAGUACCAGAAAGCUUAAAAAAUAAACAGUUAGUUGCUUUGGAUCUUGGUGCUUUAAUCGCAGGUGCAAAAUUUAGAGGUGAAUUUGAAGAAAGACUGAAAAAGGUUUUAGAAGAAAUUGAUCAAGCAAACGGUGAAGUUAUCAUAUUCAUUGAUGAAGUUCAUAUGUUGUUAGGCUUAGGUAAAACUGAUGGUUCAAUGGAUGCUUCAAACAUCUUAAAACCAAAAUUAGCAAGAGGGUUGAGAUGUAUCUCUGCUACUACAUUAGACGAGUAUAAGAUCAUUGAAAAAGAUCCAGCUUUAUCAAGAAGAUUCCAACUAAUCCAAUUAAAUGAACCAACUGUGGAAGAUACAAUCAGUAUCUUGAGAGGUUUGAAAGAACGUUAUGAAGUUCAUCAUGGUGUUCGUAUCAAUGAUUCGUCAUUAGUGUCAGCUGCUACUUUAAGUAAUCGUUACAUUACUGAUAGAUUCUUACCAGAUAAAGCUAUUGAUUUGGUUGAUGAAGCUUGUGCUGUCUUGAGAUUACAACAUGAAUCUAAACCUGAUUCAAUUCAAAUACUUGAUAGAAGUAUAAUGACUAUUCAGAUUGAACUGGAAUCAUUGAAAAAGGAAACAGAUCCUUUAUCUGUUGAAAGAAGAGAAAAAUUAGAGAAAGAUCUAAAGCUAAAGCAAGAAGAGUUGAAAAGACUAACUGAAGUUUGGGAAACUGAAAAAGCUGAAAUUGAUGCAAUCAAAAAUGCUAAAAAGGAUUUAGAACAAGCUAAAGUUGACUUAGAAAUUGCUCAAAGAGAAGGUAAUUACGGUAAGGCUUCUGAAUUACGUUACGCAAAAAUCCCAGAAUUACAGAAAAAAGUUGAAAUAAGUGAACAAGAAGAUCAGAAACAAGAUUCAAUGCUACACGAAUCAGUUACAUCAGAUGAUAUUUCAAAAGUUAUAUCUAAAAUGACUGGUAUACCAAUUGAUACUGUUUUGAAAGGUGAUAAAGAUCGUUUAUUAUACAUGGAAGAUUCUUUGAAAGAAAAAGUUGUUGGACAAGAUGAAGCUAUUCACGCAAUUUCAGAUGCUGUUAGAUUACAAAGAGCUGGUUUGACAAGUGAUAAGAGACCAAUUGCAAGUUUUAUGUUCUUAGGUCCAACAGGUACAGGUAAAACAGAAUUAACAAAAUCUUUAGCAGAAUUUUUGUUUGAUGAUUCAAGUAAUGUUAUAAGAUUUGAUAUGUCAGAAUUUCAAGAGAAACACACUGUUUCAAAAUUAAUUGGUGCUCCACCUGGAUAUGUUAUGAGUGAAUCUGGUGGUCAGUUAACUGAAGCGGUCAGAAGAAAACCUUAUUCUGUUGUUUUAUUCGAUGAAUUUGAAAAAGCACAUCCAGAUGUUUGUAAAGUUUUAUUACAAGUGCUAGAUGAAGGUAAAUUAACAGACUCACAUGGUACUCACGUUGAUUUUAGAAAUACAAUAAUUGUUAUGACAUCGAAUAUUGGUCAAGAUAUUUUGUUACAAGAUGAAGAAAUUAAGAGUGAUACAGGUAUUGUUUCUGAAUCCACAAAGAAUAAGGUCAUUGAAGAAAUGAAACAUAAUUAUCCACCAGAAUUCAUAAAUCGUAUUGACGAUGUUUUGGUGUUCAAUAGAUUAUCCAAGAAAGUCCUACGUAACAUUGUUGAUAUUAGAUUGAAAGAGGUCCAAGAAAGAUUAAAUGAUAAGAGAAUUACUUUAGAAUUGUCAGAUGAAGCUAAAGAUUGGUUAACAGAACAUGGUUACGAUAAUCUAUAUGGUGCUAGACCAUUGAACAGAUUGAUCCAAAAACGUUUGUUAAAUCCAAUGGCGAUCUACUUGUUAAAAGGGCAAAUUGGUAAUAAUGAAACUGUUAGAGUUGGUGUUAAAGAUGGCGAGCUGGAUAUUCUUCCAAAUCAUGAAGAAGGUGCUAUUGAUGAAAAUCAAAAUGCAUAG